AGGCACCAGGCGUGCUUUGGCGUGCUGGGAGAAGCUGCUUUGUUCUUGGUUUUUUUGUGUAACAACAUCUCCUGUCUUCAUCUGCACGGUUUAAGCAACGAUUGAUUGCAAGUUGGAAAUGUUUCUGAAGAGGAGCUCGUAAGAGUCACGCCAGGGCUGUGUGAGCACGGGAGGCAGGAGCCCUGUCCGGGCAGCGGCGCUUCAGCAGCGCUGGGAAUGUGGGCAGAGAACAGUGCCUGAAGCAGGUCCACCAUGCCGUUAGUAACGAGGAACAUUGAGCCAAGGCACCUGUGCCGUCAGACGUUGCCUAGCGUUCCGAGCGAGCUGGAAUGCGUGACCAACAUCACCCUGGCAAAUGUCAUUCGACAGCUGGGCAGCCUGAGUAAAUCUGCAGAAGACAUAUUUGGAGAGUUGUUUACUCAAGCCAACACCUUUGCCUCUCGGGUGAGCAUUCUGGUCGAGAGAGUUGACCGCUUGCAAGUCAAAGUCACUCAGCUGGAUCCCAAAGAGGAGGAAGUCUCCUUGCAAGGCAUUAACACAAGGAAGGCCUUCAAAAGCUCCACCACUCAGGACCAGAAGCUCUUUGACAGAGAUUCUCUCCCUGUGCCUGUUCUCGAAACCUACAAGACCUGCAAUACCCCUCCACCUCUCAACAUCCUCUCACCUUACAGGGAUGAUGGCAAGGAGGCACUUAAAUUCUACACAGAUCCUUCAUAUUUCUUCGACCUUUGGAAGGAGAAAAUGCUUCAGGACACCAAGGAUAUCAUGAAGGAAAAGCGGAAACAUAGGAAAGAGAAAAAGGAGAAUCCGAACAGAGGAAACGUGAAUCCACGGAAAAUCAAAACCCGGAAAGAGGAGUGGGAGAAGCUGAAAAUGGGACAAGAAUUUGUCGAGUCAAAGGACAAGCAUGGUCCUGCUGGGUACCCCUCCAACAUGGUGUAUCAGAACGGCAGCAUCGGCUCCAACGAGAGCAUGGAUGGGAACUGCUACCCGCCACCACCACAGACUGACUCUAUUGUGCCACCACCUCCCUCGUUCCCAGAUGACAGCCUGCCUCCACCCCCGGUGGAAUUUAGUUAUCCUGUAGACAACCAAAGAGGUUCUGGUUCUGGAGGGCCCAAACGAUCCAGCCUGGUUAGCCCGAGCCACCCACCACCAGCUCCUCCGAUCGGAUCCCCCUUGGCAGCCAGGCCGGGCUUUGCUCCCCCUCCAGCUCCUCCUCCACCGCCACCACUGAUGGAAAACAACCCCCCUCCACCACCUCCCAUGGGCUUCCCCUCCCCGGGAACGCCCCCGCCACCCUCGCCCCCCUCUUUCCCCCCUCACCCCGAGUUUGCUGCCCCUCCACCUCCCCCGCCUCCCCCAGCAGUCGACUACUCCAGCGUUCUCCCCGCUCCGCAGCCGGGCACUGCGCCACCCCCACCGCCGCCCCCGCCUCCUCCAGGCCCACCACCCCUGGCUCCCAGCGGCCUGGAUGGGCCCCCACCCCCUCCUCCACCCUCCGACACCUCCACAUCCAAGCCCAAGUCAUCCUUGCCUGCGGUUAGCGAUGCCAGGAGUGAUCUGCUUUCGGCUAUUCGGCAAGGCUUCCAGCUGCGCAAGGUGGAGGAGCAGCGGGAGCAGGAGAAGCGGGAUGUUGUGGGGAACGACGUGGCCACGAUCCUGUCACGCCGCAUCGCGGUGGAGUACAGCGACUCCGAGGACGACUCCUCCGAGUUCGAUGAGGAUGAAUGGUCAGAUUAGCCACGCUCCCAUCCCCUCCUUUCCCUUCUCUCCUGGGUUCGCUUCUUACAGAAUCAGGUGGCCAAACCUUGCACCACAUCCUUUUUAUCCUGUAACCAAAGAUGUGCCAAGGGUUUUCAGACAACCAGCAGCAUAUCUCCCCUCUCCCUCCCCCUCCAGCUUUGGCAGGACUUUGUGCUCUGCCUUUCCAAAAAGUCUCCUCGUGGACACUGAGGAUGCGGCGUUGGGAUUUAGCUGGAGGGGGUGUAACGGUUGCUUAUUUAAAAGAGAGCUAAACCUCCAGAUUUUUGAUGCCACCAGGCAGAACACAUAUAAACCCUCCAUCCUGAGGGAUUUUUAAAGUAAAGAUGGAUGAUCCUGUUGUGGCCGUGUGGCCUUUUGGAUGAAGGACAUUUUCAGCUGGUUUUCUCAGUGCAACAGCAGACAGUUGAUCUGAUGGCUCUUCCUUGCCAGUGUACACUGGUAGUGCUGCAAGAAAAUAGGCUUUAAAUGUCAGUUCUCUGCUGCAUCCCACUGUCAAAUAAUCAGGUUUUUGGCAGUUUUUUCCCCCCUGACCCCAGAGUAUUAAAUCCAGAUCACCCUGUGUGGGGUGCACUUCCCAGCUUCGAGGCUGCAGAGUGCCUUGGGUGCAGCAUAAGGAGGGACUUCUUUUAUUUUAGAAGCUGCCUUUACCUUCCUCAGAUCUCCUGGACUGCUUUGCCAAGGGGAGACUUGCACAGAGGGAUGUAAAACGAGGGCAGGAUGCUUGCUCAGCUUCCUGCUCUUGGGAAAGCAGAGCCUCUGCCCCACUGAGACACAUCUGUGGUCAGCUCUGAGCGGUGGCCAGACCUCGCCGGCUGAUUUUCUCCAAUUCAUGCUGAGAUUGUGUUUUCAAAUUCCAAAUCCAGUGCCUAAGACAAGGGAGAUGGCUUGGGGCGGGUUCUCUGAACACCAGGCACUGUGGUGGUCUCUGGCCUGCCAGGGCAGUUUGAGAGGUGCUUUUUUUAGCAGGGUGACUGUACUUUUAACACGAGGAUUUAAAUGCUGGUAUUGCCUUUGCUUCUUCUCCCUUCCCCCUAGGGAGGGGAGUUCAUGUGCCUAAAAACAUCGUGUGUAUGAACUGAGUUGCCCAUCAGUUACAUCAGACCUAACCUACUCUAAUUUUGUUAUUAUAAUUCAUUAGUUAAUUUUAAGAGAACAUUUUUUCUCCUCACUAACCCUGUGAAUUAAUUCCCAGGCUGCUCACUAUAGAUCCAGUACUGGCAGGGGAAAAUGGGGAAUUUGAACUAGCUGACCUCAGUUUUAUUGCUGUUUUAUGUUACCUUACAUAGAAUAUGAGCGUAUCUUGGAAAUCUAACCCAGAUACCCCUGAUGUGUAUUUUAAUUUGGACAUGACUCAGUAAGGGUCAUGCAAAAAGCAAUUCCAAAGUCAUUUUGAGGUUAUGGGUCCAGCUGUUGUGGGAUGUGUGUCCCACUAAGACCAACUCUCCCAUCUUUUUGCCUUUCCUGAAGUAUUUCACCAGCCUGUGCCUGUCUCUCUUCCCUGCCUCGCCUCCUUUAAUGAUGUUGCUGAUACCUGGAAUGCUGGGCCCUGCCCGAGGCUUGCUGGAAAUCCUUCUUGGGAGUUGAUUGAUGGCUUCAGCUUGUGCCAUGGAGCUCUUGCUGAAUGCUUGUGUGUGUGUGUGUGUGUGUGGGUGGGUGUGGGUGUGUUAAUCUUGGCCAGGGCAGAGAUGGGCUCGAGGAUCCAGCUGGGACCGGGGAGACCCCCGAGAUUGCCUGGAGGGCUGCGCCGUUGGGUUUUGUGUGCAGGCAGGGCGUGGGCAGCCAGGCUCCCCGAUGGGCUGGGAACAUCUGAGCAGCACUAGUGCCAGGUUCUGGAAGAGAGAACAAACCCCCGGAGUGCAGGUGAGCCGUGGUGCAGUGGAGACACUUGGAAAUGCAGAGGGAGGGUUGCUGCAAGCUGGGUGAGGGGAUGAGAGAGGCACUGCCUCGUUCUGCUCUCUCUGAGCAUCCUCCUCUGGCUGCUCUGAGAAGCUCCCUGGAAGAGCGGGCCCUGAGCUAACCCAGCCUGACAGCAGGACCACACAGGGAACGAGGAGCCUGCAAAUGCCAAACCUGGCUAAAUCUGAGAUUGCCUUAACUAGACUUAGCCCUUGUUGGGAAAGGGGAGCGAGUCUUCCUGUGGCCUGAAAUACCAACAAGUGCCAUAGUCCCUGAGCCACGAUGGAUGGUGUGUGAGGCAGGGCCGUGCCUGGGGCCCUGGGGACACGUCCCUCACCUCGGCUGUUGCUCAGAGAUGCUGCUGUGGGCACGGCAGGAUGGAGGCGGCUCCUCUGGCCUCCAGGCAGCGGGAGGGACGCUGCCUUGCCCCUGCAAGCCUGCUGGAACCACCCUCUGCUCCCAAAUCCCAUCCCAGGGCGGGAAUCCAACCUGCAGGAUCCUGAACAGAAGGGUUGUGGACAGGUAGGGGAGGUUGGUUGUUGGAGUGUUUUUAAAUCUCCUUUGAUUGCUGCUUUUUUUUUCUUUUUUUCCCCUAAAUUUCUGAUUGCCAGGCAGGCUUUGUGUGGAGAUCCCUGGGAAACAGCUGCUCUAGAGAGGGACCAUCUCUGAGCUUGGUUGCAAAAUCGCAGAGCUCUGGGCCACCAAGUGAGCUCAAUGUUUUUGAAAGCAGUAGGGGAGGAGGAGAGGUGCCAAAACCAACCUUUACAAGACAGAGCAGCUGUGCUGGAAGUGCAGGGCUGCCCCACCACCUCUGCCCUCGUGUCGUGGGCUCCUAUUCCUUCCUCCCCUUUUGUGGGGCUGGGGUGAACCUCAAGCACUUCCCAAAGGCCGGGGCUGCUGCUCGCCCUUGCAGCCAUUUCGCCCAUCCUGGGAGCCGCUGGCUCGGGGCUGCGAGUCCUUCCCUUCCCUGGUUAAACAUUCUCCCGGUGUCCUCGGCCGCGGUGCUUGGCUGCUGCUCCCGGCAGCCUCUCCCCCGCCGCCCCCCUUCCCUCGCUGGGAAAGCCUGGGCCCGGCUCCCCGGGCUCAGCCCGCAGCCGGUGACCUUCACUGCUUCUCCUCUCCUUAUCAGAGCCAGGGACGGGCUCCCGGAGGUCCCAGAUGGCUGAGGAGUCGUGCAGAGUGUCAUUUCAGGGAAAGGGUAGAUUGGAUUUUGUAUUUUUUUGCGGAACGUGAACUUAUUUAACAUGUUUCUUUUGGAAGUCCCUGCCCUGGAGGGGCUCUGGGACAGAGCUGCCUGGCAGGGCAGAUGCAGCUGCCCCGGGUCAGGUUUCACUGCUCUUGGAUUUCGGGGGUGCUUUCUUCUCUUCCUUUUUAAACAAAGCCUUGAAGUGGAAGUGGAUCCGAUGUUUUUAUUACUGUAUUAACAUUCAUUUUAAUUCACUUCAGAAACUAACCCAUUUUUCUUCCUGAUUAGAAUGUCAUAGAAUUAGACAAGCUGUAACCCCUCCUGAAGUGCCUUAUUUUCCUACAUGAUAUAAAUAUAUUUAUAAGAGUAAUUAUUCCACUUGUAUCUUAGGGGUUUAUUGCUGAGCAGGAGAUAAGGUGGGAGAGGAGGGAUGGGAAGUGCCCUCCACGGACCCAGCCAGGCUGGGGGUCGGAAAGGCAACGUUUGAUGGAUACUCUCAGGGUGCAGGGGGUUCCUCACUUCAGACCAAAGGAGUUUCAGCAGUGAAACUUUGCUUAGAAAGAAGAAAAAAGGACAAAAACCCCAAACUUGUGAGCAAAAUACUGUAGAUUUGUCCAGUUUUUUUUACCCCAGCAAAAUAAACACUGAUGGCCAGACUCUGCAGGGAUCAGUGGCUGUGGGGGAUCAGAGCCUGCCCCUGGUCCAUACUUGCACAUCCCAGUGCAGAUUCCCUGCCUUCUGUAUUCCUGUGUAAUGACUGUGCUUUUCCCUGUCGGUUGCUGUAUAAGCCAGAUUUCCUGCUGCUUUGUUUUGUUGUUUUUAAUAAUCAGCUCAGUAACCCCUGGAUGAAGAUCCCAACUGCAAAUAUUUUGUAAUGUACAUGUAUAAAAAAAAAAUUAAUAAUUUUUUUGAUUCUUUUUUAAAACUUGAUAAAACCUUUCUAUCCAG